UUGAAUUUUCCUCCUCCCUUCCAGGCUGUGGUUUGAAUGACUCCCCUGUAGGACUGGCUGCAUACAUCUUGGAGAAGUUUUCUACGUGGACUGAUCUGGAAUUCCGUAAUCUAGAGGAUGGAGGACUGCAGAGGAAGUUUAACCUGGAUGAUCUGCUCACCAAUAUCAUGAUCUACUGGGUGUCAGGCUGCAUAGUCCCCUCGAUGCGUUUCUACAAAGAGAAUUUGCAGAAGGGGAUAGGCACGCAGAAACAUGAAAGGCUGACGGUACAAGUACCUACUGGCAUCGCCUCCUUCCCUAAUGAAGUCAUGCACACACCCCAGGCCUGGGCCCAGAAGAAGUACACCAACAUAGUUUCCUUCCGUUUCAUGCCUCGAGGUGGCCACUUCGCCGCAUUGGAGGAACCAGAACUUCUUGCUGAAGAUAUUCUGCAGUUUGUUGGGAAAGUAGAGAAAGAGCAGCUUUGGAGAAAGAAAGGAAAGUAA